GAAACCUGCCUUUUACCGUUAUGGAGCUUACAGGGGUGGUCUUGCUCCCUCUCUUUCUCUAUCCAUUUGCGAUUCUAACAUACCACCGUUGAAACAAAGCAAGUGAUGACAUUCCACUGCUAAAUUCUAUUUUCCUCAAUAACCCCAAAAUGGAUGCCAUUUUAAACCCUCUUUUAAGCUCACCCACCAUUCUAAAACCCACAAAUCCAUUCUCUUUGUCGAACGUCAACAAAGCUCCAUUUUUGCUAUCACUGACUCAUUUCACGACCACUUCGUUUCCUUUUUCUGCAAUUCUCUCUACCCCUCCUCCCCGUUUCACUUCUUCUGUUACAUAUGCAACUUCGGAUAGCCAAUUAAGUGAAGGAGUAGAAACCAGUACAAGAGAAUGGGUAAUGCAAGAUUUUUAUGCUCUAAGGAAAGAUGUUGAAACGGCCUCAGAACGCGUUAAUGAGAUUAGAACAUCUGCUGGUAUGCAGCAAUUAGAAAAGGAACUCGUGGUUCUGGAAUCAAAAACAGCUGAUAGCUCAUUUUGGGAUGAUCGUGCCAAAGCUCAAGAAACUCUUUUGGCAUUGACUGAUGUCAAAGACAAAAUAAAUUUACUCAAUGAAUUUAAAACGAAGGUUGAAGAUGCUGAAACUAUAGUUAAUCUAACAGAGGAGAUGGACUCCAUAGAUGCUGCACUUCUAGAAGAGGCUGUCAAUGUGAUUAACGAUCUAAAUAAGGCAUUGGACAGAUUCGAGUUAACUCAACUUCUUUCUGGUCCAUAUGACAAAGAAGGUGCAGUCAUCUCUAUAACUGCUGGUGCUGGAGGCACCGAUGCACAGGACUGGGCUGACAUGCUUCUCAGGAUGUACACGAGAUGGGGAGAGAAACAGAAAUAUAAGACAAGAGUUGUUGAAAAGUCAUUGGGAGAGGAAGCCGGGAUUAAGUCGGUCACAAUUGAAGUUGAAGGCAGAUAUGCUUAUGGCUAUCUAUCUGGAGAGAAAGGGACUCAUCGUAUAGUACGACAGUCUCCUUUCAAUGCUAAAGGUCUUCGUCAGACAAGCUUUUCCGGUGUUGAAGUAAUGCCUCUUCUCCCUGAAGAUUCGGUAGAUGUUGAAUUACCUGAGGAAGACCUUGAAAUUUCAUUUUCAAGGGCAGGAGGGAAAGGAGGUCAGAAUGUGAACAAGGUUGAAACCGCCGUUCGGAUUACUCACAUCCCGACUGGUGUUACCGUUCGUUGCACAGAAGAGAGAUCGCAGCUAGCUAACAAGAUCAAGGCUCUUACCAGAUUAAAAGCCAAGUUAUUAGUGAUAGCCGAGGAGCAACGUGCAUCCGAAAUCAAGCAAAUAAGGGGAGAUGCAGUGAAGGCCGAGUGGGGGCAGCAGAUACGAAACUAUGUAUUCCAUCCUUACAAACUGGUGAAAGAUGUUCGGACUGGGUUCGAGACUUCGGAUAUUGUAUCGGUGAUGGAUGGUGAAUUGGAUGCCUUCAUCAAAGCUUACCUUAAAUAUAAACACAGUAUCAAUGCAUCUGCAACUGCAACUACAACAGGGGCCUAAUUAAAGAGUUUUGUGAUUCAUGAUUAACUUAUAUAAUACCCUUUUUGUGUAUGUAGGCUCAAAUUCUUUGAAUUAUUUACGAAUAACAGCGGCUCGGAUAUUUGUAAUUUUUUAAAUUUUCGGAACGGCUUAAUUGAUUUGUUAUCCGAGUCCAUUCAUCUGCUAACCAUUCGAAUAGUACCAUAUGAAUCUUAUUUAAUUUGUUGGAUAUAUGAAUAUGCUUAUUAGUCA